AUGGGUUCCCUAGCAGAUUACUCCGUGCCACAAGAGGCGAAGGCCGCUUUUGUCACCGGAAUUCUGGAAAAUCCUCUCAUGAAAGAUUUACCAGCUGACCUCAGAUCCCUUGCGCAACAUGUCAAAUUCGAGGGCUCUAGCAAGCCCAGCGUCCCCAUGAAUUGGAAGUUCGCCGAGAGCACAGCAGCUUUGAAGGCUCUAGAGGCAACGUUGCUCAACCGACUACUCAUGAAGAAGUACAAUGCCGAACCAGCAGAUGUUGUCAUUAAUACAGAUCACGCAACCUUGUUCUUCAUGUCGCCUCUCGUUGCUUCACUGGUUGGAAAUGACGGCAAAACUACGCCAAUGGCCAUGGCAAACUUUCUCCCCGAGGCCAUGAGAAUGUUCCCCAAUACGGAUCUCCAUAGGUGCUCGGCGGGUCUCCAUAGACAGCUCCCAACGAAUAUUUACAAGACCAAAGAAGGGCGAUGCUACCAGAUGCAUGGCGGUAUCAAUCCUGACCCUGUUCUCAAAGCUCUGGGCAUGCCCGCCGACGGCGAGCCAAUCGACACCUACGACGCGGUAGUCGAGCGGUUUGCCAAAGUGGUUGCGCAGCACACCCUGGAGGAUUUAGACGAGCUCCUCAAUGACAAACACAAACAAUCUGGAGUGAUCGCGUGGUCAUCUGACGAGUACUUUGCAAGCGAGCAGGGCAAAGCAUGCGCAAAGUCUGGGCUCUACGAGAUCACCAAAGCCGGUAGUUCAUCGCAGCCAGUAUCUUGGUGGCCAAGCAACCAAAGUCUGCCGUCAUCUCCAAAGCGCCCCCUCGCAGGUCUCAAAGUCGUUGAUCUGUCCAGAAUCAUCGCCGGACCCGCCAUCUCGCGCAGUCUCGCCGAGCUGGGCGCCAGUGUGAUGCGCGUGACGUCCGCCAACGUCACCGACAUGUCCCUCUUGCACCACGAUCUCAACUGGGGCAAGUGGAACUGCAAUCUUGACCUCAAAAACGAGGGUGACAGGGAGAAACUGCGGGCUCUGAUUCGGGAAGCGGAUGUUGUCGUCGACGCGUACAGACCUGGGGUCAUGCAGAAACACGGCUUCAGUCGGCAAGACAUCUUUGACUUGGUCAAAGCCCGUGAGCGGGGUAUUAUUCACGUCCGGGAGAAUUGCUACGGGUGGCACGGGCCUUGGCAGAACCGAGGGGGGUGGCAGCAGAUUAGCGAUGCGUGCUGCGGUGUUUCACUCGCUUACGGCCAGGCUAUGGGACACGACGAGGCUGUGACGCCCCCGUUCCCUGUGGCGGAUUACUGUGCCGGUGUAUGUGGCAGUGCAGGCGUUCUCGACGCCUUGAUGAGACGAGCUGAGCAGGGGGGCACUUAUGGUGUUGAUGUCGCGCUCAACUACUACACACAGUGGCUCGUUCGCUCAUGUGGCACAUAUCCGGACGCAGUGUGGAAGGAAUUGUGGGAACGCCAUGGCUCGCCGGUUUUCAGGCACUACCACGCCAUGCCCUACACUGUUCCAGCUAUUUCAAAGCUCCUAACUCAACACGACGCGGAUAUCCUCUUUCAACAGCAGUUCUUCGAGAAACGCGAAUCUAGCGCCGUGAAUGGCACAUUCGUCGUGGUUAAGCCCAUUGCCCAGUUCAGCAAUGAGGUUGAGCUGAAGUAUAAUGUGGGCACACGAGGAAAUGGCGUCGACCAGCCAGUUUGGCCCGCUGACUUGUCUGUGGAGGUGGUGAAAGAGUAG